ACUGUCCUUUGCUACCUUACAUGUCUCUUUCUACCCCUUUUUACCACCAAUAACAUUUUUUUUUAUAUCUUUCUUCCCUUCUUGAUGAUACUCUAUGUCGAAUACCAAUUCUACUUUACUACAAACCGAUCUAUACCAUCCUUCUUUUCCUUCUAAACAAGAACCACCACCAACACCACUUCCUCAACAACAACAACAACUAAGUACAAACAUCACCAAUGAUGACAAAGAGGAGGAAAGCAAAGAUACAUAUGAUCAAGAAAAUAUCCCUUUGACAGCAGCAGGCUUGACACGCGCUCUUGGAACAAAUCAUGGUCAAGCUUUGACUGAGAUCAUCAACAUAUCCACUUCCAACCCUUCUCACUUAUUCUGGGUUCCUGCCUCUCAACAUCCUGAACUUGCUCCUGCCGAAUUCGAAAAAUAUGUUACUGCACUUCGUACCAAUGCCAAGGAUAAAGGAAAAGUCAGACGACGACGCUCUGUAUUAUCAGUUUCAUUUACUGCUGCUGACAAUGAUAGAGGGGAAAAUGACAUGGAUAAUGACCAUUCACUAAACGAAAAUGACAAAGAUCAGGACCGACAAUUUGCCUUGGAUGUUUUGGAAAAUAACAUCAACGACUCUGUCCCAUUGAUACGAUCAAAUUCCUUACAAUCUCUGGGAAAACAAAAUGAUAGUGACCAACCAUCAAGUGAACCAGAUAAUCGAGAACAAGAUGAUACUAACAAACUUGCAGCAAAAGCCCGGAAAGAAAAAUUACGACGAAGUAUGAGCCUACAAUUACCAGGCAAUGGUGCAGAUCCUGGCAGUGGUAGAAUUCCUGAUUUUCUUGUAUUUGAUCGCAACUCCACAGCUCUUGAUCAGUCUCCUGUAUUGGUGCCAAAAACAAAUCGACCUUUGUCACGACGUGGUGCAAGAACAAAGUUCCAACGAAGUUCUUCUAUUGCGCCAUCUUCAAUGAACAUAUCCGAUAUUUCCUCUAACAAAUCUUGGUCAACCUAUCGACAUAGUGAUUCUGUUUGUACUUCUUCCAAAACAUCAACUAUUUAUGGUAAUGAUACGAACGAUGGCAACAAUUCUCAAAAUGAAAACGACAUCAGCCAUAAGCCUUUUCAAUCUCUUGAAAGUAUGAUGCUUCCCGAUAGCCCGAUGACUUUUGAAGUACCUCACCUCGAUAUAGAAAUGGAUGCUACUUUACCACCUACCUCAACUUUACCGCCAUUGCCGACGACAACAACCGAUCACUACCAAGACAAUUUGCAAAAUGUCGUUUCAAAAGAGGAAUUAAUGCCAAUAAAGAAUAGCAAUCCAGCAACAACUAGUCAACCUUGUAUCUAUCCAUUCGAAUCAUCUCCUCCACAGCAACAGCAGCAACACCAACAUCAACAACAAGAACAACAAAAGCAUGAUCAGUAUCCAGAACAACAACAACAACAACAACAACAGCAACAACAGCAACAACAGCAACAACAACAGCCUACGGCCAAAUCUUUGCCACGUGAACGGAAAUCAUCAUGGUCUUGGGCAUUUUGGUUUGAUGAUAAAAAGGCAAAGACUGAACAGACGUCAUCAGUGGAAUUAACACAACAACCAAGCCAUAUUGAUAAGGAAGCUUAUGGAACAAGCAAUACUAAAAAUGUGCCUCGAAUGUCCACAUCUUCAUCAACUCCCACGACAUCAUCCAGUAAACAACGAUUUGGAUUAUCCUCACUGUUUUCUCGGAAGUCAUCAACGUCAGCAAACAACACAUCUUCGGAAUCAUCGGUGACCAACGGGAAAUCAUCAGCAACAAGUUCUGACGAAACGAAUACCAAUUCCACUAUGGUCAUGAUACCUCCGAAAGAUUUCCAGCUUAAUAAAAUCAACCAUCAAUCUCGGCUACCUAUUCAUGUGGAACGUGCCGUGUAUCGACUUUCUCAUAUGAAAUUGGCAAAUCCCCGUAGACCUCUCCAUGAUCAAGUGAUCAUCUCGAAUUUUAUGUUCUGGUACCUUACUAUCAUUAGCCAGCAACAGAACCAAAAUCAACAGCAAGCACAUCAGCAGAAUCAAUUACCAACGAAUUCGUCAUCUCCUCAUCAACAAGGCUCCAACAAUAAUCGUGUCCCACCAAGAACACCCCAACAAAUUGUCGCGGCAUCGAAGAAGAAAAAGAAACGAUUGACCAAGAAAAAUCAUCAUCAACAACAACAUCCGGCAAAUUCAUCGUCAUCAUCAACUCCAGCAUCCUAUCAUCAAUCAAGACAUUCAUCUGGAUCUCAAAAAAGUGUCAAAAAUUCAACAAUGCAUUAUCAACAAUCUCACACUUCAGCAAAAUCAUCUGAUGAACAACCAUUACAGGCAUUAUCAUCAUCAUCAUCAUCAUCAUUACAUAUACAAGAUUCUUCUUGGCAACAAUAUAUGGAUGGAUCAACAAAGCAGACAUCUACAGGAUUUAUCGUCCCAGAAAACUAUUUACGACCGACUUCUGAACCAGAAAUCAAUAAACGCGGUAAUGGUAAACAUUCAGUCCGACAGUAUAUACGACGCAGCAGCAGCAGUAGUAGUAGUAACAGUAGUAGUAGUUCAGAAGGUAACGAAGACGAAGAAGAGGAUGACGAUGAUGAUGAUGACAGAGCUUUAUACGACAAGAAAGGACGGAAACAAAGUGGGGUCAUGCAACAACAACAACAACAGUACUAUGCUCAUCCAAAUUCAACAUCAUAUUCUACAUCACCAUCCAAUAACACCUCCCACGUAGUCAUGUACAAGAAAACUGCCAUUUCCUGAUAUCUCUUCUCUUUUUUGUUGAUUUUUUUUUUUGUUGAUUUUUCAGUCGUUUAGUUAUUUAUAUAUAUUUUUCCCCACACACAUUCCCUUUCUAUUCAGUAUUACUAUUACUAUUUAUAUAUACACUAUUUUUUUUUUUUUU